UCUUUUUUAAAUAAUUCAGCUCUUGAGUCAUCUUUUGCCUUUGCCAUUUCAGAAAUAAGAGGUUUGGUAAGGAGGUGGAAGUGUCAGAUUUUGGGAGCUUCACUUGUUCAUCAUUGUUUGGCUGGUCGAAUUUCAAAAUAGAAAUCUAUAGGUUUUCUAUUUCUAGCAUCUAGCUUCGCUGUGUCAACAAUAGUUUUUUGAACUUAGAUGCUUAAAUAACGAAAUUUUAAAUGGGUUUUUUGUUAUAAGCUCCUACUGUAAUUUCUUGCCGUCUAGGUGUCUGUUUCUUUGUCGGAAUGAAACCAUGUUCUAUAAAAGAGGCUUGUGAAAAAGGAUGGAGAAAAAGUAGGUAAAAGCUGGCAGAUUAUAUAGAAUCCUAGAAGGAGUGAGAGGAUAAAAGCUAUUGCUACAAUGCAAAGCAAGGCUAUGGAGGAAAUAUCCUCUACUGUUGCAGUGCCAUUUACACUUGGGAAGUUGACUCAGGAGUCAUCAGUAACAACCCACAUGGAGAUAUCUGGGUUGAAGCUUAUGGCUAAUACAGCAGCUUUGAUUUUGAAUCCUGCAAUGGGGGAUUGUGAAAAUCAAAGGGGUUUAAGUUCACAACAUCAGAUUACUGUAUCUGCAGAAAAAAAGGAGAAUCAAGUUGGAGAUGCUCUUGUGUCAGAUUUGACUAUUGAACGUCACAGAAGAUGGAUUGGGAAUGAAACCAACAAUCAGAAAAGCGACGAUGAUGAUUUUCAUUGUCCAAAUGAUUCAAGCUCUCAAAUUGUUGCAGGGGACCAAUCUUCAACUUUAAGAACUAAUUGUUCUGAGAUUGAUCCACCAAUUAGUACCAUCGAGGUUGAAGAACAUAUAGCACUAAAGCCAGUGCAGAAAGUGGUCUCUGUUGAAGUGGAUAUUGAGAUUUAUGAUGGCAGCGGAUCAGAUGGGUGUGAUUCUAAACCAUCAGAUUCGCUUCUUGCGAUGUCAGAGGAGAAAAUAUGCAGGAGCCACCCGAAUGGAUUAGAAAUGAAUAGUGGGGCCCUUUGGGGAUUUUCAUCAAUCUGUGGAAGGAGAGAUGAGAUGGAAGAUGCUAUUGCAGUUGAGCCUCAAUUCUUGCAAGUUCCUUCACAGAUGCUAAUGGAAAACCAUGUGACUGAAAACCCAAGAUACUCAGAAGCCCACUUUUUUGGUGUCUAUGAUGGACAUGGGGGAUGCCAGGUUGCUAACUACUGUCGGGAACGUCUCCAUUCAGUGUUGAUUGAGGAGCUAGAUGCUGCCAGAACAAGCUUGGGAGACAACUGGCAGGAGCACUGGAGGAAAGCAUUCUGCAAGUGUUUCCAGAAAGUUGAUGAUGAAGUUGACGGAAAAAGUGAAGCUAAUAAUGAAGAUAACAAUCAUGGAUCUAAGCCUAGCUCUGAACCUCUUGCUCCUGAAACUGUUGGUUCUACUGCAGUGGUAGCCAUUUUAAGUCAAACCCACAUAAUAGUGGCAAAUUGUGGGGAUUCAAGAGCAGUCUUGUGUCGCGGAAAAGAAGCCAUUCCAUUGUCUACUGACCACAAACCAAAUAGGGAUGAUGAGUGGGCAAGAAUAGAAGCUGCAGGAGGAAGGAUUAUACAGUGGAAUGGGUACAGAGUUCUAGGGGUUUUGGCAGUGUCAAGGUCCAUAGGUGACAGAUAUUUGAAACCAUGGAUAAUUCCUGAACCAGAAAUAGAGUUUAUCCUUAGAGAGAAAAAUGACGAGUGCCUUAUUAUAGCCAGUGAUGGUCUAUGGGAUGUCAUGACAAAUGAAGAAGCCUGCCAGGCUGCAAGAAACAGGAUUCUUCUUUGGCACAAAAAGUAUGCCAAUGGCAACAACAAAGGAUCUGCUGAACAAGAUCCUGCAGCUCAGUUUGCUGCAGAGUAUCUAUCCAGACUUGCCCUUCAAAGGGGAAGUAAAGAUAACAUAUCUGUUAUUGUGGUAGACUUGAAGGCACAAAGAAAAUUUAAGACAAAGGCAUAAACAUAUCUACCUAUCAUCUCUUAGAAGAUGAUGAAUAAGUAGAACAAACUAAAAAUGAAUACAUAGAACUAUGGCAGAAAUGGAUCCUGCAUUAAAAACGUGGGAUAUGAAGAGUUCCUCUUCUGAAAGAGGUUGAGGAUUUUCAUUGUUAGAUUUACUUUAUGGCUGUGUUUGGCAUAUGAAAAUGGGAUUUGAGGAAAGGGAAAAGAUGAUAGAAAGUAUUUUUAGUUGUAUUAAGUUUGACAAAAGCUUCUUAUAUUUAUGGGAGAGAGCUUUCUCAUUCUCCUUUCCUUUCCUAUUCCCAUUUAUGCCAAACUAGCCUGGAGAUUCUCAUAUUUCUGAUUAAAAAGGGUGUUGCUAUUGAAAGUAAUACCUUCAAAGAGAUCAAUCUUAUUUUACUAUUGGAUUUGUAUCUUUGCCAAGAUAAUUUGCAUUAUAUCAUCUGACUUUAGGAGCUCUCCAAAGAAUGAUACAAGUCCAACGGUAAAGGACUUCCAGAAUGAGAAUCUCAAAGUAUAUCUUAUAAUGGAAACAGAAAGCACUCAAUUUCUUGAGAGUUCUUUUCAUAUAACUGUUCAAAUAUGUGUUUGACAUUCUUCAAUGUCUAUUCAUGUUUAGUUUAUUCUUUUCUUUUUUUUUUCCAGGGAAAUAUUGUCUACAUUAGUUGGUAGCAUAUCUAGCCCCUCAUUUUUAUACCAGGGCUAAGUCACCUAUGUAUUGUGUACAGAUUUGCAGUGGGAAACAUUGUCUACAUCAGAAUAUUAAAUUUAUUUCUUUCCUCAAAAA